GUCCAAUCAAUCAUUGAGCAUUAUUUGUCUCUUUGGUUGGAAGUGAAGCAUUGGAUGGCGUCGUCUUUUAUAUGUGUUGUGAGUGAGUGGAAACAAAGGUCGGCUUCAUCUAGAGGUUUGAUUUUCCAAGUGAGGGGAGGUUCUCUAAGAACAUCAACUGUGUCACCAUUCAGUUUGGGAGGAAAGUGGAGGGCAAAGAAUGGCAGGUGUUCAUCUUCGUUGGGAUGGUACACUUGGGUAUGUUCAAUGUCAAAAGAAAGGUCUUCAGUGGAGGUAAAUACUACACGAGAUUGGCAAGUGACUGUGGACCAUGACAGCCCUUCCCAACAAACCAUAAUAAGUUGGAAUGGAAAGGAUCGCUUUCAAUUGGUUCCAGAGUUGGUGCUUUUAUGUGAUGAAAGAAGCUUGAAUAUCGAACACUUGGUGGUUCGUUCGGAGAAUGAACGGGUAUCGUGCAACUUGGAGCUUUCUAAAAAUGGAACGAAACUUUCAUCAGAAGAAACUCAACGACUCCAAAGAGACCUUCAAGAACUUAAUAAAGAACAGUCGGAGGAUAGGCAACGUAGUGCUAUGCAGUCCAAGUCAACCAACAACCCUGAACUUCCAUAUAUAGAUUAUAGAGAUAGAUUUGUGGACUAUGAGAAAGGAGUGGCAUUUUACACAGAUAACCAUGCGACUCCCACUCAUACUACUUUGACAGCCAUCGUUCCCAAUACUCCUUCUUUUCUUUCUUAUUUUAUGAAGCAGUUGUCUCAGAUGCCAGUUCAUAUUAUUUUCGCUUCCUUGUCGACGUAUAAUAGAGAAGGAAAAACGAGACAUGAUGUAUAUCAUAUUAUUAACGAAAAUGGCGAACAAUUGGAUGCAGCUCAAUGUGAUGCUCUAGUGGAUGUGGUGUCUGCUUUGUUUCAAGGGGAAAAUAAUUCACAAGAUGGUUUGUAAGGCUUCACUUUGAUCACAGGACA